CGAAAUAUAAACUACGUCGUUUCCAUUCCAACAAAAACCUAAGCUCUUCAUCUUCGUCACUCUCUCAGUUCGCCGCUCCCUACUCUUCUGUCUCUCGCCGUGGCGGGUGGUUUUGCCUCUCUUUUGCAUCGCCGUUCUGAACAAACUGACCACCGUCUUUGACAUCAACACCUGAACUAUUGACGGCAACAUCUCGCUCAGAGAGUUAACUCUAAAACCAAUCAUGAAGACAGUCACAGGCAAAAUAGUUUCUUCAACUCCAGUUCCCAUCUCCAAAGCUGCCUCCAUCCUCUCCAAAUUCGUCUCUGCUGAGACUGGGGCCUCUCAGGCUGUUGGUGCCUAUCUUCGACGUGCCACAGCGGCCCUUGAUGAGUUGGUUCGCCUUCACUCGGAACCCUAUCAUAAAAAACAUAAAAAGCACAAAAAACACAAAUCAGAUGUCUCCACUACUACUACUACUAUGGGUGCUGCUGCUGCAAUUGAGGAAAUACCAACUCAAAGCAUGGAGGUGAGUCAUCAAGGGCCAAAUCAUGGAGUGGAGACUGGAAGAAAGAAAGAGAAAAAGAAAGGGAAGGGUGAUUUUGAGAAUAUUGUGACUCAUGAAAGUAGAAUUGCGGUUAAAGAAGAGCAAGGGGAGGGUAAUGUGGCGGAGGAUACCGAUAAGAAGAAAAAGAAGAAAAGUGCCAAUUAUGGGGAUGAUGAGGGUAGAGGAGGAGUUGAAAUCAACAAAGAGAAGACUCGUAGUGAGGGUAAUUUGGAAGAGGAGACUAAGAGAAAGAAACAUGAGAAGAAGAAGAGAGGAAGGGAUAAUGUUGGUAAUUCUGAAGAAAAUGGGGUUGAAAAUAAGGAAGAUAACAAUGGUUUCGGAAGUUUGGAAGAAAAUGGGGGCAAUAUGGAACUUGUGAAGGAAAAUAAGGAAGAUAGGAAAAAGAGGAAGAACAGAGAUGUUGAGGGGGGUAAAAAUAAUGAAGUAGGGGAGCAUAGGAGUAAGAAGAAGAAGAGGAUAAUUGAUUGAAGAAAGGGAACUUGUUGGUUUUGGCAUUUGUUGUAUUGGUUUUUUGCAGCUGGAGAUUAUAGGUUUUUUUUUUUCAAGGCAAGAUAUGCAGCUUUUUUUCUAUUUUUGUGGGGCGUUUUUGGGAGAGUGUUAUUUGAGUUACUGAUUGAUUGGUAGUGAAUACGAUUAAAUUUUGUUGUUGAUAAGUAAUAUUACCUAUGAUUAUGAUUUUAUCUGUGCUACUUCUUUGCAUACUGUGGCUGAUUCAA